AAGGAUUACCAGUGGAUAUUUAAUAAUUAAAAUAUUAAGUUUAAAAUUUUCUGAAAAAGUUGCCCAGAAGUACAAACAUCAUGAAUGCUGGAUCAAAACACCGCCUUACUGUGAUAUUAACCCUAAGUUGCACACUCAUAUGCCUGCAAUUAGCAUCUGUAGCCAAUGCAGAAUGUAUUUGGUAUGGCCACAGUCAUCAGGAAGGUCCUCACUGGAAGAACAAAGCCUACAAUGGUGAGGCAAAGCCAUUAGAAGAUCCGGUUGCUUUGGCCACAAUUAAAAGGCGAUGUCCCGUACUCUACGACACAUUCAAAAGUGAAGAUCCCAAUGAACCCAUUAAACUUUGUUGUGAUGCAGACCAAAUUGCGACCAUGGAACAGGGCAUGACACAGGCUGAUGGUGUCUACUCUCGCUGCCCCACAUGUGUUCUGAAUAUGGGACUCAGCAUUUGUUCUAUGACUUGUGCUCAGAAUCAAAGAGAAUUUCUCACUCCCUACAAUAGUACCUCCCCUGCUGGUUUGGAGUUUGUGGAAAAAGUUGAUUAUAGAAUUGAUGAUGACUUUGUGGAGCAGAUCUAUGACAAUUGCAAGGGCAUACAACAUCCUCAGACGGGGCGACCGGCCAUGGAUUUGGGUUGUGGGCCCUAUAAUGCUCGUUCGUGUGACCAUCGUAAAUGGUACAAUUUCAUGGGUGAUGUGGAAAUCAAUGAAUAUGUGCCCUUUCCCAUUAACUAUAUAUUUCUGAAUGAGAGCUCCGAGGAGCCUAGGCUGCUGCUGGAACCAGUGGAAUGCUCCGAGGCCUAUGAAAAUUCCCAUGCCUGUGCUUGCAUUGAUUGUGCGGCCUCAUGUCCCAUCACCGAUAUACCCAUUGCUUACGAGGAAGUAUUCCAUCUGCUGGGCCUGUGGAUUAUAGCCGGAUUUGUGGUAUUCAUUGUGGCCGUAUGGGUGUUUGAGUAUUGCCAUGCAAAGGGAGUAUUUCCGGCAUGCUUUGCCGGCUUUGCCUGCUUCAAUAAUAUGCUGUACAAGUUCUUCCGCGCUUGGGGCAGAUUUUGUGCCAAGAAUCCUGUAUUAAUAUUGGCCAUAUUGUCUUGGGUCAUAGGUGGUCUGUGUUAUGGCAUUCGCUAUAUGGAAGUCACCACUGAUCCUGUGGAGCUUUGGGCCGGAGAGGAAAGCCAGACAAGGCAGGAGAAGGAAUAUUUUGAUUCACACUUUGGACCCUUUUACAGAACCAAUCAGCUGUUUAUCAAGCCGAGAAAUAUGAACACGUUUACUCACCUCACCCCGGAUGGUGAAAUAACAUUUGGCCCUGCCUACGAGAAGAGUUUCCUGGUGGAAGUUUUCAAACUCCAAGAGGCCAUUCAGCAGAUUGGCAUGGAGGAGGAUAAGGGUUUAAAUAAAAUAUGCUUUGCCCCCAUGCUGUAUCCGGGACAAAAGGCGAAAAUCGAUGAUUGUUUGGUUCAGUCCAUCUAUGGAUAUUUCCAAAACGAUAUGGAGUUCUUUGAAACAGACUACAAAGAUGAGGAAGGCUAUGAUAUCAAUUAUUUGAAUCAUUUGGAAGAUUGUCUAAGAGUUCCCAUGUUGGAGAGUUGCUUCGGCCCCUAUGGUGGCCCCAUAGAACCCGGCAUUGCGGUUGGCGGUAUGCCCAAAGUCGAUGUUAAUGAUGAGCCCGACUAUAAGCUGGCCACUGGUGUAGUCCUUACAUUCCUGGGCAAAAAUCAAAUCAAUGAAGCCCUUUUGCAACCCAGCUUGGAGUGGGAAAAACUUUUUAUGGACUUUAUGAAAUCCUAUAACAAUGAAAAGCUUGAUAUAGCCUAUUCAGCUGAACGUGCCAUUCAAGAUGCUGUCGUAGAGCUAUCCGAGGGUGAGGUCUCCACCGUCGCCAUCAGUUAUGCAGUGAUGUUUUUGUAUGUGGCCAUUGCUUUGGGCAAAAUACGCAGCUGUGUUCAUUUCUUUAGUGAGUCGAAAAUAAUGUUGGCUGUUGCUGGCAUUGUCAUUGUUUUGGCCUCGGUUUUAUGCAGUCUGGGUUUCUGGGGAUACAUGGGCGUGGUCACCACUAUGUUGGCCAUUGAGGUUAUACCAUUCUUGGUAUUGGCUGUGGGUGUGGACAACAUCUUCAUUAUGGUCCAUACCUACCAUCGUUUGGAGCGCUUAAAAUAUGACAGCGUGGCCGAUGCCAUUGGUGAGGCUAUAGGACAAGUUGGUCCUUCGAUUUUGCAAACAGCUGCUUCGGAAUUUGCUUGCUUUGGCAUUGGAGCCAUAUCGGAUAUGCCUGCGGUGAAAACAUUUGCCUUGUAUGCUGCUGCAGCCAUAUUCUUUAACUUCCUGUUUCAAAUUACUGCCUUUGUGGCCAUGAUGGCAUUCGAUGAGCGACGCUAUGAAUCUGGACGUUUGGAUUUGUUCUGCUGUUGCAAGAGCAGCAGCAAAGCAUCCGUGCAUACAGUGGGUGGAUAUCAAAGUGUGGGUCUAUUGGAGAAACUUUUCACAAAUAUCUAUGCUCCUUUUCUGUUAACCAAACCCGUCAAAAUCAUUGUCUGCAUCAUCUUCUUUGUGGUUACAUCUCUGUCAUUGGUUGUCACUCCCAAUUUGGAAUAUGGUCUGGAUCAAGAAAUGUCCAUGCCCAAGGAAUCGCAUGUGGUUAAAUAUUUCCGCUACAUGGACGAAUUGUUAUCGAUGGGUGCCCCUGUCUAUUGGGUACUUAAGCCAGGUCUAGACUUCACCAAUCGUGAUCAUCAAAAUCUUAUAUGUGGCGGUGUGGAAUGUAACAACAAUUCCAUAGCUGUGCAAUUAUACACACAGUCCCGUUAUCCAGAAAUCACCUUCCUAGCCCGUCCAGCAUCAUCUUGGAUUGAUGACUACAUCGAUUGGUUGAGCAUUUCGGAUUGUUGUAAAAUGAAUAUAACCGACAAUACAUUCUGUCCCAGCAAUUCUAAAGAAGAAGAAUGUGCGCCCUGCGUUCGCGAAUUUGAGGAGGAUGGCUUAAGACCCACACCUGAAACAUUCACUCAAUAUGUGCCCUAUUUUCUAUCCGAUUUACCAGAUGCAGAGUGUGCCAAGGCAGGCAGAGCUUCGUAUGCAGAUGCUGUUAUAUACACUUUAGAUAAUGAGGGUUCCAGCUCUGUAUUGGAUACCUAUUUCAUGCAAUACUCCACCACUUCAACCACCUCACAACAAUUCUAUUCAGCAUUGCGUGAAGCUAGACGAGUGGCCGAUGAGAUCAAUCAAAUGCUGCAGGAAAAUGAGGUGGAUGCUACCAUCUUCCCCUAUUGCGUAUUCUUCAUUUUCUAUGAACAAUAUUUGACCAUAUGGGAGGAUACCAUUUUCUCAUUGGGCAUAUCGUUGGUAGCCAUCUUUUUGGUUACCUUCUUAAUCACCGGUUUCGAUAUUAUAUCAGCGGGUAUGGUACUCUUUAUGGUGUUGCUAAUAUUAAUCAACAUGUGUGGCAUGAUGUGGGCCUGGAGCAUAUCCUUGAAUGCCAUUUCACUGGUAAACCUGGUGGUUUCGGUGGGCAUUGGUGUAGAAUUCGUUUCGCACAUUAUACGUUCCUAUACCAAUGUUGCAGGCUCUGAACAGGAACGUGCCCUGAAAUCCCUAUCGGUAACAGGCAGUAGUGUACUUUCCGGCAUUACCCUAACCAAGUUCGCAGGCAUUGUGGUAUUGGGUUUCUCUAAUUCUCAAGUUUUUGAAGUUUUCUACUUCCGCAUGUAUUUGGGAAUUGUACUGAUAGGAGCUGCCCAUGGCCUUAUACUAUUACCCGUCUUAUUAAGUCUUUAUGGUCCGAGAAGUAAAAAAACCGAAAAACCAUCCGAAUCCUCUGUAAAUGUAGAUUAAAUUUAUUAUACAAUUUGUAAUUAAGGUAAUUUUAAGUAGAAACUAAUAUUUUUUAUAAAUAA